ACAAUGUAGUUUUUUUCAGUUUUUGUUCGUGGUUCUUAAGAAUGGAAUUGUCCAUAUCGCUUUCUGUAAAAAUUGAGUUAAUUUGGAAACGUGUUUACAAGUCUAAUUUAACACAAUAUGGCAGGCAGGAGAGUGGUAGUGUUCCCCACCUCGGUAGAACUUGGCCCGGUGCUGGCCCACUUGGUGACCUCUCGGGCUGAGCAAGCGGUCAACUCCCGGGGCAGGUUCACCCUGGGACUCUCUGGAGGGAGUCUGGUGACCAUGCUCGCCAAGGAGCUGCUUGCUGUGCCAGGCCUGGACUGCAGCAAGUGGGUGGUGGGCUUCUGCGAUGAGAGAGUGGUGCCAUUUGACAACCCUGACAGCACCUAUGGCCUCUACAAGAGUCAUUUAUUUUCAAAAAUCAACAUCCCAGAUGACGCAAUCUUGGCCAUUGACUUCUCACUCGGAGUGAGCGAGUGUGCUGAGGAUUACUCUGGCAAACUGAGAAAGGCUUUCCCUGAUGACGACAUUCCCGUGUUUGACCUACUCCUGCUGGGCAUGGGGCCAGAUGGACACACAUGCUCCCUCUUCCCUGAACAUCCUCUUUUAGAGGAGAGCCAGAAGAUCGUGGCUCCCAUCAGCGAUUCUCCCAAGCCACCACCAGAACGUGUGACCAUGACAUUUCCAGUUGUGAAUGCUGCCCGCUGCGCUACUUUUGUGUCCACCGGGGGCAGCAAAGCACCUGUUUUGAAGGAGGUUCUGGAGGGACGAGAGGGUCCGCCGUUUCCGGCAGCCCGCGUCCACCCGACUAACGGGGAGCUGUUGUGGCUCAUCGACGAGCCCGCCGCCGCUGCUUUAACGAUGAAGGUGGAGAGGCUCGGUUCUGGGGCCAAACUUUAACGCUUUCCGAUGACAAAGAAGCUGGAAUCCUUUUUUUCAUUCCCAGUGAUUUAUUUCUCUAGACCAAAUAGAGAAGGAGAGAAGAAGCUGAUGUCGUUAUUUUUUAAAGCUAGAUAACACUUUGUCUACAGUACGGAGUGUGCAGCGAACUUUUAAUUUUUUCAUUUUUAUUGUUGCAAACUCAGCAUAGUGACUUUCUUUCUCGGUGUGCAUCACGUGAGAUGGCAGAGUGCUUCAAAUGUGACUUGGCAAAUACGUGACGUCACUCAUCCCGGUGAUGGGGCGUAGAUGACAUCAUCCCAUAAAGCCUCACCGUUGAAGAUGUAAAUCGUUUCUCUUUAAUACUCUUAUUUUUCAUAAUGAACAGUAGUUUGUGAGAUUGUCUAUUGCUUUCACCUUUUCUGAAAAUAGAUGCAUUUUGUCAACACUCAUUAAUAAUGCGUUAAGUUGUUGAAUAGUUACUUUACUCCUACUACGAUAUUAGUAAUGCGUUACAUUAUUAGUUACUCAUAGUAACAGCCAUUAUUGAGUAACGUGUUACCGACAACACCGAUGGCCUCACGUCUGUUCAACACAUACCUGAUAAGAAAUUCACAAAUUUUAAAUUAAUAGUGACUUGUGGGUGUAUCUGUACUGUUGCUUAAUUUACAUUAAACAUGGGAUUGGUGAAAA